CCAGAUGUAGACGAUGCCAACUGCAGGCUCUUGGGCCCGUUCGCCCUCGUCGUUCAGGCACUUAUGGGAAUCCUCGUCGUGGGGACUCUCGUCUGGAAGAGGCAACGUGAACGACCACGCAGACCGUGGAAGAUCUGGCUGCUUGACAUCACAAAACAGAUGCUCGGCCAGCUCUUCGUCCACACUCUCAACGUCUUGCUCUCCAACUUUGUGGCCAAUGUCGGCGACGAGAAUCCCUGCAGUCUGUAUUUCCUCAACAUUCUCGUCGACACUACCGCUGGCGUAGCCAUCAUCUACGCCACGCUGCGAGCGACGACGCACUUCCUGACGACCGUCAUGGGCCUCAAGGGGUGUGUCUCUGGGCAGUACACGGAUGGAACGAAGCGGGGGCGAGGCAAGGCAUCGCGGCCACGCUUGUCGUACUGGUCAAAGCAGCUCGGCAUGUACUUCUUUGCGCUGUUUAUCAUGAAGGUCAUCGUCACCCUCCUCUUUGUCCUCUUUCCCUUCCUCUUUGCACUUGGACGCUGGCUCCUCGGCCUCUUCGGCGAGGCAAAGAACGUGCAGGUGCUCUUUGUCAUGUGCAUCUUUCCGCUCCUCAUGAACACGAUGCAGUUUUGGCUCGUUGAUUCACUCCUACGA